AUGGAUGUUAGCGUCGCGGAGGCGGGGUCGUCGUACCAGGCGCUGAAGGCGAUCUUAGCCGGUGCCCGGGCGGACCCGUCGACACUCAGACAGGCUCAGUUCGAGGACCUUCUCGCCGUCGAUACCGGCAAGAAGAUCUUCAACCUGCGGACGUGGUGGAAGCAGGUCUUCGGGUUCGACGUCAGCGUGCUCGAGAUGCUGGGCAUGGGCUCUCUAUAA